GAUAGAACUCGUUUGUUGGUGGCUCACCCCUUCAAUCUAGCCCAUAUUAUGCCGUUGCUAAGAACUAUUCUUACCCUCAAGACUCUGCCCAAGCUUGUUGAGUUCGCGCGUGCGUGUUUCUCUGUACCUGGUUCAAGACAUCGGCCAGUGGUUACUCGAAACGAAACGCCGGACUUUUGGGACAAGCGGUUAGUAUUUGUGUUACUGAGAGGGGCAAGAAUCUGUCGUCGAUGCGGAGGAUCUCGAUACAAUCUUGGUGGCCAGUCUUGGUCUACCCUGAGAUGGGCUGGGAACAAUAUCUUCGAGAACUACCAACAAAGAGAUGGAGAAGGUGGCAUUGGAGCCUUCUUCUAA